AUGUCCAUGAAAGACGAGACUAGUUCCCGCACCCUCGAGCCAGACGAGUACGUGGUGAACAAUGAAAUUCAGCGGCGAAAUGGCAUCGAUGCUUUGGAAUUACUACAAGGAUCAUUUGGGAGUGAGGACACCUCCGACGAGCAGUUUCUCGACGUGGGCUGCGGUCCUGGAGACUUUACGCGCGACUGCCUUCUUCCCCGCUGCCCGCCGUGCCGAAGAAUCAUGGCCGUUGAUGUGUCCGAGGACAUGGUGAAGUAUGCGCGGGAGCAUUUCGCCCAUCCCAAGAUCUGCUACGAUGUCCUGGACAUUGCGUCUGAGGAUGUGUCCGAUUUCGUCGAGCGCCACGGAGAGUUCGAUCGCGUCUACUUUUUCUUUUGCUUGCACUGGAUGAAGGACCAAGCGACGGCCUUGAAGAAUGUCGCCAGAAUGAUUAAACCCGGAGGAGGGUGUCUUCUACUCUUUAACGCUUCCAGCCCUACGACGCGGUUUCACAAAAAAAUGGCCGCAAUGGACCGUUGGCAGAAGUACAAAGAGAUCCUCGAGAAGCCCAUUCCUCCGAGCGUAGACAUAAUGGAUAAGGAAGCUCUUAUCUCGUACAUCAAGGGUCUUUUGAGGACCGCCGAUCUGACGCCAACAAGGUGUGAGGUACUGCGAAUGGAGCACACAUUUCCCAACCUGGAGAACUUGAUUGCCGUACAGAUGUCUUACAAUCUUCUGAAAUAUGUUCUAACGGAAGAAGAAAGCCCUCUCCUACUGAAAGAUGUGACCGAGGAGUCGACCAAAUGGUGGGCCGAAAAAGAUGCCGGCGACUCUCCCCUCGAUGGUCAAGUGUUCCUCGUGCACGCCUAUAAGCCUCGGUCGCCAACGGUUUUCACAGCUAUGUAA